CCGGAGCAACUUCGAUUCUAAAUCUCAAGAGAUUCCUGCGUACUCAAUCUUCUCAUCCCACGACACAGUCGUCCGGUCACAUUGGGUGGAAUUGGAAAUGCACACCUCUUCGAUCCGUGCCGCGCUGGCACACGCAUUCCAGAUCACGGUUCGACCGUCGCUGCCCAGAGUGAUUCUGACUUCCCUUUCUUCGAGCACCGAAACUGCGACUCAAGGGGCCACAAGCUCGAGAUUGUCCUUCUCGACAAGUGCAGCUCAGUAUGCCAAAAAGAAAGGCAGCGGAAGACCUGAUAGACGGAUAACUUUGAUCCGCUACUUCCUGCACCACCCCACCACCCUCACGCCGCGACCGCUCCGCUUCUCGCGCAACAGGUACUUGCGCCACUGGACGAUCGCCCGGGCGUGGAACCUCUAUCGGCACAACCUGAAGAAGUCGCGCGAGCUCGAGCUGGAGCGCCAGUACAACGCGAUGCGCGACGCGAACGAGGAACUCCGCGUCGGGGCCGGCGACGGGGGCCGCCUGUUCAGGAAGGCGCAGACGAAGACCGGCAUCUGGGGCAUAGGCGGGCCUGGUACUGGUGCCGGCAUUCCAGGUGCUUCUUCAGGGUCGGGCGGCAGAGCCAGGGGAGGUGUCCCCAUCGAGUACGCGCGAGGUUUGGUCGAGUGGGUAGGCAGCACGGGCGGGCUAGGUGUUGGAGUAGAAGAAGGUGCCGGGGAAGGAAGUGGAAGCAAGGCGAAAAUAUGGGACUACGCGUGGAAAAGACAUUGAUUCUUCUCACACGGAUUUGGGUAAAAAUUCUCUGUGCGUCGCAACCGAGGCACAUGAGCAAUGGAUUAUGCUGAAAGGGCGGUUCCAAAGUCAUUCUAGCAGAGGCAUUGUACAAGAGGGCUAAACUGGGGGAAUCGAACUUGCCGUCACCAUGCAGAUUGGGAACGGAGGGUGGCAAUUGAGAUAGAGACAUUGGCUGCUGAAGGAAUGAUUUACCCGACCGAGCCAGAAAUCAAGCGAAAGGCAAAGGGAAGGGAUGCCUUUCUCCCGCGAAGCUGUUGCAGCUGCAGCAUAGAUGGAAGACUGAAUGGCGCGCGAGCUACGUGGAGAGGGGGGCGACUCCCGGGCUUGGGGGGAGCUGCCGGACAAGUAUUGCGCGGUCAUGAUCGUGGCCCUGUUCUCCCAAGGCAAGCAGAGCAAGCGGAAAAAGAAUCGACAUGUAUAUAUACACCGAGGAAGGUUUCGGAAACUUUUAUCUUUCUCACUAGUGGCCUGCCCUCUUCGACCACCAAACCUGAAUCGAAAAGACAAGGCAAAUAGUAGAAGGUCCAUCAUUGA